CCCACACAGCCAUUCUCCUUCCACCAAUCCACAAGACCCACCCUGGCUACUUCUGACCUCAUGCCAAAGCCUUGCUACAGUCAUUGGCCAGCAUCUCACAGGAAAGCAGCAGCAGUCCCUGGAGGGAAUCAGAGGUCCUGAGCAAAUAAUGCUCUUCUGUAUCCACAGGAGUCUCACUAGGUGUUCAUCUUUAACUCCUCAGCCCUGUGUGCAGUGAGCAGAGCUUCCCCCAGCCUCCAGCCUGCCCCCAGUCUACUUGUUGCAGUGCUUGGUCUGUGGUUAAGCAGACAGCUCCAGCAUGGAAUACACAGCUUCUCCCAAACCCCAGCUCUCUUCCAGAGCUAAUGCAUUUUCCAUUGCAGCUCUAAUGUCCAGUGGGAAUCCCAAGGACAGGGACACAUCAGAGAGCACGAUAAAACCCCUGGGUGAGUACUACAACCACUACAUUGUAACUUUUACUGUCUGAUCUUCUGGGCUACAUUUAACUGUGCUACAAUCAACUGCUAUAUGUUUACUGAAACUGCAACAAGUCACGUGUAACGUGUACAGUCUAGUUACUUGUCUGCCAUUCACCAGAAAUACAAUCAUGUUGUUGUUGUUUUUUUUUUUAUUAAGUUUAUUUUGGCUAAAAUAUGCAGCUUGUUUUCUUGAAAUUAAUAAAUAAUAAUAAUAAUAAUCAAAAAUAAUAAUACAAUACAAAUAAUGCAUGUUUAAAAUGUAUAGUGAUUAAGUCGUAUAGAUUGGUAUAUAUAUCUUGUACUCUCCAUAUGAGACAUUUACAUGUAACAUGCACACAUGUAUAUAUAUAUAUAUAUAUAUAUAUAUAUAUAUAUAUAUAUAUAUAGCAGCAUUACUCUCUCUAGAUACACACACACACACAUAUAUAUGCUGCUAUAUAGAGAGAGAAUUUCAUAGAAUUAUUUUAACUAGUAUAGCUGCCUUAUUCCUCCAUAGCUACUUACACAUACAGACAUUUCCUUAAGCUGCCCUUUUUUAAAUGCAUAUUAAAUAGUCCUGAUUUUAGGAGAAUGUAAAGUUAUCAUUGUGUUUAAUGAGAGUGCUACAUGAUCAUUUUAUGAACGAUGUCCUGGUUCCCUGUGCAAGAUCUCGCUGUAAUAAUCAUAUAUACUAUUUUCUAAACAAUCUCACAAUCACCACACUCUGAGUUUUGUAACGCUACAGUUAAUGAAACUUGCUAGAUACAUAGAAACGGUUAUAUCAUUUCUAACAGGAAGUCAUUCUGUAGUUGGACGUGCUUGGAAAUUGUAGCUUUUCUUUUGACUUCCGAUUUUAGGAGGCUGACAGUAUUUAUUUAUUUAUUAUACAAGUCACGCAGUUGCAAAAAAAUAAACUUAAUAAAUAUAAGUACAUUUUUUUUAAAAAUGGUGGCAGAUUGUCAAACUUUAAUUAAAUUUAAAAAGAAAAAAAAAUAUUAUAACAUUAUUUCAAUGAUGCAUGCCAUAGAAAGAAAAACAAAAACAUCCUUUAUUUCUCAUACCUAGCAUUUAAUUAUUCACCUUGGUAAAUUAAUCAUGUAGAAUGUACUGACAUUAGAAGCAGAAUAUUUUAAUAUUAGAAUGACACUACACAAGAAUUCGAUUACUAAUAUAUUUAACUAUUUCUCUGCUAAGGGUGGAAUUAAAUUGGGCUUAUCAUUCAAUAUACAAUCCAGCAUUUAUAAUAUUGUAUUAUUAUUUUUUAUUAUUUUAAUAUUUUUCUUGUUUUAUAUCAUUGCUGACCAUUAUCCUCAUCUGAAUCUACUUAGCCACAAAAUAAUUCGUGAAGCAAUAGAUAGAUAGAUAGAUAGAUAGAUAGAGAUAUUCAGCAAUGUUACAUAUAAUAUAUCUUUUUAUAUGUGGAUACUGAUAUUUAAGAUUUUCCUUGUUUGCAGGUUUUAUUUAGAGCUAGUUAAAUCUCAGUAAUGUAUAUUUAACUAGAAUGCUUUUAUUGCCAUGAACGAAUUAUAUUAUCGAAAUGUUUUUAUUGAAAACAAUAUAUAUGGUGUGUAGGCACUAACGUCCUGAGACAUCGGAUUGAAAUCCGAAUGGCUACAUUUCGAUAAAUAUACGUAUGUGAUUUGGUCGUAGCUUGGCCAAUUUAACCUAAAAUGAUGUUCGUAUUUCAAUUCGCAUCGAUUUGGAGAGUUUUGAAUAAUUCUUGUAAACAUUAAUUUGAGAUGCAAGUUAACACAUGACAUUAUAACAGUUUCUAUCAUAUAGAAUCAGGGAGUAGUUACUGGGUAUAGGGGCAAUUGCCACAGAGAAGUGAAAAAAAUGAAGAUAUCAGUAUGAGAAUUAUGUAUGGAGUUAUUCACUAAGCAGCGAGUUUCACAGGGUUAUUUAGUGAUAAUUCAACGUUAAUUCACAUAGAAUUUCACACUGAAGGCCUAAGUAGCCAAAAUGAAACACAACUGACUUAGAAAUUGUUUCCACUUCAUUUUGAUAUUAAAUUCGAAAUUCACUUUUAAUUCUCAGUUUAGCAACUAACCCUUAUAUUUGGAAAUCUUAUAAAAAAUAUUUCGGCGAAAGUUGUGGCUUUAGCCGAUUUGGAGGAUUUUUCUAAAUCAGCUAGCUAGCCUCGAUUUUUCCAUUCGCUCUUAUUUCACUAAUUUUAGAAUAUGCCUCCUCUACUCCAAGGGUAAAGACCUGCUUUAAUCCUAAAUUGAUUUUAUAUGUAUCCAAUUAAAGACAGGUAUUAAUUAAUCAGUGCACACAAAGUGAAUUAAUACAAUUCAUACAUGCAUUGAAUACAGUGAAUUAUAUCAGCAUCAAAUACAUCAUUUUGCAAAUAUAAAUCUGAUUUUGCAUAUAAUAAAGUGGGAUUCUCUCAAGAGUGAACGUUGCACGUUUAAGGACAAAACAGAAAUAUUGGGAUUAUACGAUGGGUUUGUACAUAUUUCAAUUUAAUUAUAAUAAAUGCUUUCUUAAUUUUCCAAAAUCAGAUUUCAAUUCACUUUUAAGUGAAAUGAUCCUCUUAGUAACAAAAUUAAAAAUUUAAGGGAAUUCACUAAGGCUUUAUUGCUGAUUUUAGCCCAAAUUAGCUGAAUUGUAAACAUUCUCCAAAUUUGCUAUUUAUUCAAUUCUACUAUAUUGACAUUAAAUAUAGAAUUCCCUUGUAAAACCAUCAUAAUUCUUGGUUUACAUUUAAGAUGGUUUGGGCAGGGCCCUCUUCACCUAGUCUUCACCUAUGUUAUCCCUGUUUUGCUAGCAUUAAAUAUUUGCAUUCUUUAUCUGUUGUACUGCGCUGCGGAAGAUGUUGGCGCUAUAUAAAUAAUUGUAUUACAUCUAUACCGGUUUCCAUUUGAACUUCUGUCCAUAUAUGUCUUGCUCCCUCUCUCUUUCAUUAUGUAUCAAUACAAACUUUUAUUAAGUAUAAACAGUAGUAUCGGUGCACAUUUUAUUAAUUAGAGCAAAAAUAAUACAUAUCAAAUUGGUUGCUAUAGUUACUGCGCUGCUUUAAGAAUUCUGCUCAGAGUCACUGUUGAUACAUUAACUUCUUUCUUCCCAUUUUUAAUCUCCCUCCCUUCCCCUAUAAAUCCUGGUGUUGUUUUUUUUAAUUAUUGUCAACUAUAUAUUUGUUUUUAAACCUCUGUGCUCCUUUGCUUCUUUCUAACCUUCUCUUCCUAACACAAGAAUAACUGUGGGUCCUGCUAGCUUCUAUAAAAGCAUUUGCUGAUACACUGGCCAGACUUUACUAACCUUGAAUAUUCUAACAACUUUGUGGUUAUUGUGAAUAAGAAAAACGCAUUCUUUGAUUUAAAAAAAAAAAAAAAAAAUUUAAAUAAAAUAAAACAUAUAUACAGUCUUAGCUCUACGUCAAGAUAACUCUGAAUUCAAAACUGUUGACUCUGUAAAAAUCUUUUUUUUAAAUCUUUUUUUCCAGCCUUACUAUGACACACACUGUCAGUAUGGAAUGGUCUUAUUACAAAAGUAAAUGUUGGGAGAUUAGAGGGGGGACGUUGGAGACAGAUGAUCCUGUCUGCUCCCAUCAUGUCUCCAAAUCUGCAGUCCCAGGGAAUAUCUGCUAAUUCCAUGUCUCCAAACUGACUGUAAAACCCUAUAAACGCUAAACCUGGUAGGAGCCAGAACAGCCACAAAUAAAUGAAAUCCCCUUAAACCUGGAGGUUAAAAUAUGCUAAACAUCACGUACAGUGUGUAUUCACCAAGUCAUUCUCUUCAAAGAGGCCUUUGUUGCUAUUCAUAGUCUAAAAUCUAGUGUUUCCCCAAUUUUCACCCCAAAAUUGCAGUAGGCUGCAUUUGGCACUGCAUGUCUGUAAGACUACAUAUCGAAUGUUGCUUAUCCCAGCAUUAAGUGUAUUGUUUCAUGAAAUAUAACAUAUGUACAUUCACCUUAUCUCCUCCUGGAGGGCUGGCUUAGUAUUUUGGGGAAUUUCUGCAAUAUUUGAAAUCCAAGAGUUUAGCAAUGGCUAGUAUAUUAUCUCACAAAUGGAUAUUGGAUUUACUGCAUAUCUGCUGCAUAAAUGCUUCAUUAGGGAUGUAUUUACUAAACAGCGAACUGCCGCGAAAUGAAACCGAAUUGCAAAAUUUAGGCAAAAGAGUGGGGGGAAAAAAAUCUCAAACUCAGGUUUAGUCUUAACGUUUGGUCUAAAUUGUGCAAUUCUGGUUAAAUUGAUAGCGAUUAUAUAAUAUUGCUUGAUUUCGGCUCCCCUGAUCCCAUGUCAGGAACCUGACUGGCCGAGCACAACAGGAGUUUCAGUCCUUUUUCCUGAAUUGUAACUCUCUACUGAAUUUUAAUCUGAGGAGAAAAAAAUGCUAAUUGCUGAUUAUCAAGGUUAUAUUGGGAUACAAUGCUAGCAUAUUACAUUGGUGAGAAUGAUGGGAGUUGUGAUCAAUAAAAGUUGAUUAUUGCACUCUGAAUCACCUUAAAAUAGCGCCCUACAUUAAUUAUUGUAUUUACUACUAAGCAAAUGUUAGGGUUAAAAGGAAAAAAGUAGCCUUUAGUGUCUGAUGGUUAAUAAAAAUGUGGCUUUUAUACUUCAUAUAUUAUUUUCUUCCAUCUGUCUAUCUGAGCAUCCUUUUUUACUUGUUUUUUUUUUAAUCUAUCUAUCUAUCUAUCUAUCUAUCUAUCUAUCUGUCUGUCUGUCUAUAUAUCUAAUAUAAUGAUUUGUGUACGAUGAUUGCAUUUAAAAUUGUACAUGUAGGAUUAUCCCUUACAUAGUAAUUAUUAUAUUGUGAGCCAUUAAUUCACAUUAAUAUUAUACUAGCCUCCCAAACAGAUACAAUAUUCAAUGUAUUAAAGGCUUUAUUAGGACUAGAGAUGUUAUCUAUCUUCCAUGGUGUGUUCUUGUUUGAGUGUGUGUUCAUGAAGCAAUCUUUAGCUACCUGGACCACAAAGGGUUAAAGUAAUUUAAUGGUUAUUUGUGUGUAUGUGUGUGUGUGUGUGUAUAUAUAUAUAUAUAGAUAGAUACACCAGAAUAACCAGUAAAUUACUUUACCCUUUGUGGUAAUAUAUUCAUACCAGAAUAACCAUUACAUUAUUUUUAUUUAUAAAUAAAUAAAUACAUCUACACAUGCCAAUAGGGUUGUGGUGGGGGAAAAAGUGUGGAUGAAAACCCCUUCCACCUGAAGUAAGUGGAUAGUUACAUCACUAAAAUACACACACCAGUCAAGCCGAAAGACUUGCUUUUCCCACAGAAAUCUCACUUUAACAGUGCUCUUACUACUGCAAGGGAUUCUGGGUAUAAAGUGGAAUUAUGAGGCAAAAAUUUGGUUCUUUGUUGAGCUCAUUUGCAUAUGCCUACCCAGAAUCCCUUGCCGUAGUUAGAGCACUGUUAAAGUGAUAUUUCUGUGGGAAAAGCAAGUAUUAUGGCUUGACUGGUGUGUUUAUUUGUGUUUAGAAAUGUAUUAACUAUAUAUAUAAGCCAGCUUUUAUUUGAAUGAUCUUGUUUUAUUUGCAGAAGAAAUCAGAUGUUUGUUGUAUCUACUGUAUGAAGUUAAUAAAGGAUUUAAAAAAAAUAAACAGAACCUGAACAUUGUUUCUUUUUCUGUUAGAACAAUUUGUGGAGAAAUCCCCCUGUGGCCAGCCUCUCAGUGACAUAUCCAGUGUGGACCACCAUGUGGAGUUUAGUAGCAGUCCCUCUUCACUGUGUACAGAGCCCUUAAUCCCCACCACUCCCAUCAUCCCCAGCGAAGAGAUGGCCAAGAUUUCCUGCAGCUUGGAGACAAAAGAGCUCUGGGAUAAAUUCCAUGACCUGGGGACAGAAAUGAUUAUCACCAAAUCUGGCAGGUGAGUAAUUGCACGAUAUUGUAUACAGCAAGAAUUGGCUUCAGGUAAUUCACCAUGUAACCAGGGUACAAUAAUGGAUGAAAUAUUUACUAACUCAUAAUUAAAAGCUAGAAAGAUUUCUUAUGUCAUUGUUUGGAGAAUUAAGGCAGAGCUAUGAAAUGUAACAUGUACUUAAUUAUGUCACAAUAAAGGAACCACAUACAGAGACAACCAAUGCCAUCAUGUAUCAAUUUACUAUCAACUAUUGUUAUUUUUAUUGGCAUUUAUAUAGGCCAACCUUUUCUGAAUCACUUUAUAAUAUUAUUAAGGGUGAUUUAACAAUAAAUAAGACAAACUAAUGAACAUUUUCACAGGAACAAUAGGUCUACGAGGACCCUGCUCAAUCCAGUUUACUAUGUAUAGGGGGUGGGGUAUAAAAAUAAAACAGGAAGGACAGAGUGGGGGGCAGAAACCAUUGAUUGACAGGGUGAGAAUGGAACAGAACUGGAAGGUGUGUGAAGUGGGGAAUGGACCCACUGAUGGAAUUGGGAGAUAAGUGACAAUUACCCUGUGAGUCCAUUGGGUACUCUGAAGAGGUAGGUUUUUAGGGAUUUGCUAAAUGGUUGGACUAUAGAGAGAGUCCAGAAGUGUGGAGCUGCCCUGUAAGUUUUGAAAAUUAAGCUAAACUAAAUUAGUUGUAGAUGGAUUCAAUGGUUAUACCUCAGUGUUUCAAAAAAAAUACCAGCUCAUUCAAGCUUGAAAUAAAAUCCUAUUUACAUUGUGUUAAACAGAUAAUGAUAUAAACCUUGGUUUAUUUCAAUAGGGUGUGUGAGUCUCUUGAAAUAGGUGAGUUCACAAUGACUUGUAGUCAGUGGACAUGUGAAAUUGGUGCAACUACGCCUCUAGUGCCCUCUAGUGGAUAGAACCCGUAGUAGCAGAAGUGGACAUUCUAAAAGGCCAGCUAUUAACUUCAUGAAUUGUGUUUAAAUGACAUUAGAAGAUAUAUGUUGGAACUAAGGUUUUAGACGUGAAGUAAUCAACUAGAACAUUUCAUUGCUUUCUGCUGUUAUUGUACAUAACACAAAUUGUUUUAAUUUAGAAUAGUAAAUUUGAGCAAUGCUGAAAAGGUGCUGAGUUAAUAGGAGUCCAGUAUCAUUUACAAGCGGUUAAAAUGGCUCUGUUUAAAUUAAAUAAUUGUUGCUCGCACUGGUUAGUGGGCCAGUAAUCUGCUGAAUCAUAAUAUAAAAUUAAAUGUAGAAAUUCCUGCUCCUGUAUUUACUAUAAUCCCUGUGCUUCCAUCUUGGCACCAUGUCAGCCAUUGUUCAAAGCUCCACACUUUGCACCUGUCAGUCAGCAAAGAAAAGGCAAGUGGGACACAUUUUCUGUGUCUCCUCUCCCGUGCAAUGUGCGUCCCAAUAUGUCUGAACUGGAUAUAUUUCCGUGUUUCAUUGAAUGGUAUAAUUUCUAGAGAAAUUCAUAUUUUGCUAUUAUUAUGCAAUACAGGAUCAUCAAAAGUUGUUCUUUUGAAUUUUCCAAUUUUAAAAGAAUUCUGCGUCUCUCCCAGAAUUAUUUUCUGGUGCUACAAGUAAGUAGGCCAAAAUGAAUUGUUUCCUUAUUUCUGGAAUAAACUACAAAAUUAAACCCAAAAUGAAAGAAUAUUUGGAAAUAAUCCACAUUCAAAUUUGCGUCACAUCAUUCUGCUAAAAGAAACACGAAACAUUUCAGAAUUAUACUCUAAAUACGUGUAUCUGGACAAAUAUUUAAUAGCAUCAGAAUUCAUACAAAAUGUUUCAGUUUAGAAGAAGAUUUUGUUUAUCUGUUGUAAUGCUAAUUGAAAUAGAAAAAUGAAUUGAUUGCACAGCUUUGAUGAAAGGGAAGGAAUAACACUGCAUAAUAGAAUAGAAUAGAUGGAUAGAUAUAUGAAUAGAAAGAUAGAUAGAUAACAAUAUAAGGAAAAAAGUAUGCAUUUUCAACGGGAGCAUUCACUAAGGAACUAAGUCAGGGUGGUGAGACAGGAUCUGGAAAUCAGGACUGCCCCGCCAGAAUCGGGACAGUUGGGAGCCGUGGCAAAUGUAAUUGCCUAUUUUCAUAUGAUACAGGAUCAUGUUGUGUUCUAUAAUGCAAAAUGUCCCAUGGCUAUGUCUCAAAGUGUGUGCAUUAUGUUUGAGGCCCAGUAUAGGACUGAGCAAUACACAGUUAUAAAGAUGACAGAUUGACCACAACACAUAAUAUGGUUUUCUAAAAAAAAAAGCUCAAAAUCCAUAUUACACACAAUAAAACAAGCUUUUGCAAUACAAGACUUCCAGGAAACAUUCAGGAAAAUCAGAACUCAACGUGACUCGGGCAUCAGAAAAUAUUCUGUUUAGAAUUACAUUUCCAAUUGUUUUCAGACACAUGUGGCUGUUGAUGAUGGAAUGCUCGGGGAUCUAUUCACUAAAAUUUGAGUUGUCAACUGGCUUUUAAAAUAAAUUUACCAGCUGAGUAUUGAAAAAGAAAUCUUGACUUGAACAAAGAUGUUGAACUAAAUUAGCUCCAGUGUUCCUUGAAGUUGGCCUCUCAGAAGUUCUGGUGCUAAAAAACAAUCUACCUCGUUUAUUGCAGCAAAAAAACAAAAGGGAAAUGGGACUGGGUAGUAGGAGAGGCGUUGGAUCAAUAUCCCUGCUCUGUUUUAUAUGUGCAGACAGAUUUACUAAAUAGUAUAUCAGCAGGGAACUCUAACAGUGAGAAACUUUUUUAGUUUUAAAAUGCAUUAACUAGGAGAUCAUUUCUGCUUUCUCUACCCAUGUAUGAAUAAAGUGAGCACUAUAGCGUAAGGAAUACAAAGGUGUAUUCCUCACACUGUAAUGUCCUAGUGCCCCCCCCCCCAAGGUUUAAAAGUUAACUCCUUGAGAGUUAACUUAACUUGCACCCCACGCCGUGCGGCUCUGUCCAUGGCUGGUCUCACCUACAGAUCGAUGAUCUCAUCCAAUCCAAUGCUUUCUCAUUCGUUGUGCCAAUCUGAUGGUCUGUCUGAUUCUAUCUAAUAGAUAUAGUGGAGUUUUAAUACACUAUUUCGCAGAAGCGCCUCCAGGCAUUGCCAUACAUUGUAGAAUGACAAUGUUUCAGCUGUUAAGGUUAAAACAGGGGGACAUAGUACACAGACAACUUUACUGAGAUUAAGUAGUUUUGGUGCCUAUAGUGUCCCUUUAAAUUAAAUGCUUAAUUUCUUUGCAACUGACAACUAAAUUUACCAUUACUAUAUAUAUAAAUAAAAAUUUGUUUACUGUGUUUCUAACUUUAGGAAAUAUGCACACCUUUUUAGUUGAAUAUCUUGAAUAUAAGUUCAUGUCACGUAAAAGUAGCUUUUUGGCGAUCUUCCAAGCUAGUGAUUAAGAUAUUUUAUCCUCUUUUUCAAAUUUCUUUGGACCUCAAAUCAACCUGAAAAAUCUGAAAGAUGUUUCUUACUCAUGACCUCUUUCAUAUUCCAGGUGAUUUUUUUUUAAAAAUAGAUACAGCAGAUAUGUAAGGCAGCAUUGUCCAAUAUUUGAGAAGCUACAUUGAAAAUGAAUAUUGCAUGGUUUAUUGUGUGCUUUGCUUUAUUUAAUUAUUAAUUUAGUCAUAUUUAUUUUUUAACAUAUUUCAACCCAUCCCCUCCUCGUAAAUGCUCAUAUUCACUCACGUCUGUUAUUGGUCAUACUCACAUUCUUUAACUAGUCAGUGUCAUUUAGCUCUCUGGUAGCUUUUAAUAUAAAAUAUAUGAAUAAUAAUUUCUGAUUUCUAAUGUCAUUCUCUAAAAUGUGAAAACCUUAUAUACAAAACUAAAAAAAAUAAUAAUACUGAAAAGUGAAAAUAAUUCAUUUAAACCAAUUUUACAUAGGCUGGUAGUUUAUUAGAAUGCAAUAAUUUCCCGAUCAGAACAUCCAUAAAUAAAUUAUUUCCAUAAAACACAACAUGUUAAAGUGGACUUCCAUAAACAAGGCAACAAAAUAUUUAUUUGAAUCUGCUCAAUGCAUUGUGGAAGCAGGAAGUAGUGUGCAUGUAAGGAUGAAGUUAUUUGUAUGUACUGUUACCUUUGGAAUGCUGUGGUGUACUUGUAUGUACUGUUUGUGUUUGAAUGCUACAUUUGAGUUUGUAUGAUGUGUUGGCUUUUAAAUGCAGGUGUCCUUGUAUAUGAAGUGUUUUUGUUUGAUUAUAGGGGGCGUUUGUAUUUGAUUUUAGUGUUUUAAUAAAGGGGUGUGUUUGUAUGCAAUGUUUAAUCAAUGUAUGUAAUGUUUGAUGCAGUUCCUCACAAUAGGUUAGUGUUCAAACUAAAAGAAAUUGGUCUAAAUGAAUAUUAUUUUCCGUGGGUAGAACAUUGGCUUAAGGAUAGAGUUCAACGAGUUUUCAUUAAUGGUAAAUUUUCAAGCUAGACAGAAUUGGUAAGUGGUGUCCCUCAGGGUUCUGUUUUGGGACUGCUUCUAUUUAACAUAUUUAUAAAUGAUCUUGAAAAAUGCAUUAAAAGCCAUGUUUUAGUGUUUGCAGAUGACACAAAACUUUGUAAAGUAAUAGAAUGUGUGCAGGAUUUUGGUUUGCUGCAGAGGGAUUUGGAUAGAUUGGGGGACUGUGCACUCAAAUGACAGGUGAAAUUUAAUGUAUAGAAAUGCAAAGUUAAGCACUUUGGGGUAAAGAAUACACAAGCAACUUACACCCUAAAUGGUAGUGAAUUAGUGAUAACAACACACAAGAAGGAUUUGGGAAUUGUUAUAGACAAUAAAUUAGGCAGCAAUAUGCAAUGUCAAUAUGCAGUUGCUAAGGCCAGUAAUGUUUUGUCAUGUAUAAAUGGGGGCAUAAAUUCUCGGGAUGAAAAUAUAAUUUUGCCUCUUUAUCGCUGGUAAGACCACACCUUGAAUAUGCUGUGCCAUUUUGGGCACCUGUUCUAAAGAAGGAUCUCAUGGCACUAGGGAAAGUGCAGAGACAAGCUACAAAAUUAAUAAAAGGAAUAGAGCAUUUUAGUUUCAAAGGUUAAAAAAUUUAAAUAUCUUUAGUUUGGAAAAACGGCGCCUCAGAGGGAAUAUGAUGACAUUCCACAAAUAUAUUCGGGGCAAGUACAAACCAUAAUCUGGAAAUCUAUUCAUAAAUAGGGCUAUACAUAGGACAUGAGGUCACGCGUUUAGGCUGGAAGAACGGAGAUUUAAUCUAAGGCAAAGAAAGGUUUUUUUUACAGUAAGAACUAUAAGGAUGUGGAAUUCUCUGCCUGAAGAGGUGGUUUUAUCAGAGUCCAUACAGAUAUUUAAACAGCAAUUGGAUAAAUACUUGCAAAAACAACAUACAGGGAUAUAAUUUCUAAUUAUUUGAGUAAAAGCUGUUAGAUCCAAGGAGCUAUCUGCCUGCCAUUUUGGGAUCAAGAAGGAAUUGUUUCCUAGUUUGUUGCAAAAUUGGAAGCGCUUCAGUUUUUUGCCUUCUUUUGGAUCAACAGCAAAAACAUAUGUGAGGAAGGCUGAACUUGAUGGACGCAAGUCCCUUCUCAGCUAUGUAACUAUCUAACUAUGUUUGCGUCUGAUUGUGAGGGUGUGUUUGGAUGCAAUGCUUUUAAAAGCGAAAUGUACAUUUGUGUGUAGUAUUGGUGUUUGAGUGAAGGGGUGUGUUUGUAUGUAAUAUUUGUCUUAGAUUGCAGGGGUGUGCUUUCAUGUUGUGUUGGUGCUUGAUUGCUUGGAUAUAUGCACAUACAAAGCCACAUACAUACAUACUUACAUACACAGAUAUACAUACGCAUUAAUACACAGAUAAACACAUAUAAACACACUGACACAUACACACAAAUUCAUAUACACCCUGACACAUACACACAAAGAUACACACUCUGACACCGUGACACACAGAUACACACUCACACAUACACAGACAUACACACUGUCAAAUGCACAUACAAAUUCACACAUCCUGACACACAGAUACACACAUUGACAUAAACACACACAUACACAGAUGCACAUCCUGACACACAGAUGCACACACACACAGACACACACACACAUACACACAUAUCGACACAUGCACACACACAUGCACACAUCCUGACACAAACACACACAUACACAGAUGCACAUCCUGACACACAGAUGCACACACACACACAGAGACACUGACAUACACACACACACACACAUGCACACCCUGACACAUAGAUGAACACACACAGACACAUAUGCUGACACAUGCACACACCUGACACAGAUUUUUACAAACACACACACACACACCUUGACUGACAAAUAUACAUACACGGAUACAUGCACACACCCUGAGAAACAGAUACACAUACUGACACAUGCAAACAUUGACAUAAACACACCUUGACAUACAGAUGCACACACACACACACCUUGACACAGAUACACACACACCUUGACACAGAUACACACACAUACUAACACAUGCAAACACUGACAUAAACACAUGUUGAUGCACAGAUGCACACACACAUCUAACCCACACAUACAUGUUAUAACUGUAAUAUUUGCAGCCACCCUAAUGGCUAACCUUUUAUGUCCGGGGGCUGGUUGCUUGUGGUCCUGCUGCCUGAGGUUAAUGGGAGUGGGGUGUGGAGCAGCUCUCUGGUUGCUCCUCUCACCCCGUGCUGCCUGCGCUGUCUCCUCUUCCUCUCUCCCUCCUGCGGUCUGUGUGUGAAGCUGGGAGGAAGUGACAGGCUGUUUAUCACUGCCUCCCAGCCAGCAGAUACUGCAGGGGCCUGGUCAGUCUCUUAAAGGCCUGCAGCUCCCAACCAGACCCCAGCUCAGGAAUAAAAAAAUAAUACCCAUCGGGUGGCUCUAAGUGCAGGGGCCACCUGAUGGGCCCCCUGAGCCAAUGGGCCCCGGUACAUGUACACCGGCUGCACCAGUGUUAGUUCCUCCACAGCAUCAGAGCUGUUUUGGCAGCACGAGGGGGACCUACACGGUAUUAGGCAGGUGGUUUUAAUUUUAUGUCUGAGCAGUGUAAAAAUGCCUGGUUAUUAUUUUCUAUAAUGUUCAGAUACGUUUUUUAUUUCACAAUACUAGUCAUUUUAAAUGUGAGUGAAAAGUUUAAACUUGUUCCAUUUUUUGUCUCCAUCUGGUAUAAGCUAGCCUAAUAUUAUUAUGUAAAUUAUUUUAUUGAAGCCACUGACAAAGAGUUUUACUUUACAUAUCUACAAGCUGUCUGGAUACAGUUUGUAAAAACCAUUAUUUCAAUAAAUAAUGUAAUUGCAAAAAAAUAAUAUUGAAUUGCACUUGUUUCUAACACGCUAACAAUAUGUUUUAAUAGUAAUAUUGAUACAUUUUCACAGGAGGAUGUUUCCUACAAUCCGAGUUUCGUUUUCUGGAGUUGACCCAGAAGCCAAAUACAUUGUACUGAUGGAUAUUGUUCCUGUUGACAAUAAACGAUACAGAUAUGCAUAUCACAGGUCAUCGUGGCUAGUUGCUGGAAAAGCGGACCCUCCUUUACCUGCUAGGUAUGAUCUACUGCUUGUGUGUGUGUAUAUGUAUAGGAAAGGCUCAAAAUUUUAAAUGCUACAUUGCUGCCUGGAGGGAGCAUAGCACACCACCACCUGCAUACUUCAAGCUGUACUUUGAGAAGUCGUCCUUGGACAAAGAAAUUCCAGAAUUUUUUUUUCCACAACUGUCCAAAAGGACCAGUGACCAGAAACAAGUCAUGGAUUGCAGUUUCGACCUUAUGGGUCUCAUCAGCAUGGCACCAGUUUGUUUCUGGAAGAUGAAAUCUCUCUGAGAGCAUAUAGCUAGGUACCAAAAGAUUGUGGUGAUGCCGAACACAAUAAAACACCCCGCAAAGCAAAUAAAACAAAUACUGUUAUUCAUCACUUUAAUACCUCAAGUUGUAGUUUGGCUAGUCCUUCGUCGUCACAGAAACUCCAGAAAUCACGUUUCCACAAUUAUCCCAGAUUGCCCAAUUUGACCUGCAAAUAAACACAGGCAUUGUGUUUCAGACUUUUUACUGCAUUGCUGCAGUUAUCCCUGGCAAUGGACGCUAUUUUAAACACAGCUUUUACAUAUAUAUGCAGGUGAUGCAUAAAUGUAAUUUGGUGAUAUAUUACAAAUUAUCAUUAUUAACAUUAUCUCAACAAUAUAUUUCACAAUACUAAAUAUUCUUAGCGGAAAAUCGAAGCUCAGUCUGGCUUAGAAUUCCAUUGGCAAUGCUUAUGCAUGAUUUGCUUAGGACCAAAAUUCACAGUUAUAGGUUAACAUAUUUGUAUUUGUACUAUAAAACGAACAAAAAAACUAAAUUUUUAUCCGUAAUAUAUAAUUAUAUUGUAAUAUACAAUUAUAAUUGAUCAAUAACUUUAUCUUAGUGCUUUGUGGUAGUUUGUUCUUGAAAUAAAUUACAAUAAGCAAAAUUAAAACGUUAUCAUGACCCUAUCUCGAUGUAGUUAGAUUUCUAAUUGAAAUGAUUCCAGGUAGUAGAACAGAUGUAUUAGAGAGAUAAACCGUAUAGGAGUUUCAAUAAUGUAAUUAAAACAGUGGAAUUGUGCUAUAAACGUGGAAGAACAUUACGGUAAGAUAAAAAGCAGCAAUAUCUGCUUUUACUGUGAUAUAUUUACUGUAAAACUGGACUUUAAAUGAACAACUGACUGUUUUAAUUGCAUUGUAUUGUACUUAAUGAUAAGAUAAAGAAGACAUUAUUAAAAAGAAAAGCAGUUUAAUUCUUCAGGGCAGUAGGGAAUGUUUAGCACAUGUAAAAGCAAUUUCGACUUUCUACAAACUACAUUUUCGAAUGGUUCCACAGUUUAUAAAUGAAGUAUAAAUGAAAUAUAACAUUUUACCAGCAUGCACCAGGCCUCCACUACACGAAGGCCCCUUCUCUUUGCAACUUGAUAUGCAUUUAGCACAGAAAUCAGAAUGCAGACGUAUAUUAAAUUUAAAUAUUUCAACACACUUGCAAAGAGUGCUGAGCAGCUAAAACAAUUUUUAAAAAUAUAUCAAAAACUGUAAAUGUAACCAUAACUUGCAUGCAGGUUCAAACGUAAAAUUAUCCUUAGUACAUGGGCCUACUUUCCUUUUCACAAAGUGUACAGUGUACUUUGGUUUACGGCAGGUGACCUGUGUUUUUUUCAACAUUUGUUAAUUUUGGGCACACAUGUUCACCUCUGUAAAAGUGAAAAAAAUCUCUAUUCACACUUAAAUAACUGGACUUUUUUAGUAUCACUCCAAUGCCAUUAAAAUGUAAGCUUACCUGCCACGUAAAGGCAAAACCUUUUAGGUGAGUGUCACGAUUCGGGGAACCCAACACGCUGGCACACACACACACACACAAAAGGUGCCGUACCGGACCUUAGAGUGGCCGGGCUAAGCACACACAGAAUAGUCAGGAGACAAGCCGAGUAAGGGGAACCAGAAGACAGAAUAACGUGAAACAAGCCGAGGUCAAAGGGUAGGAGAAAGUCACAGAGUCAGAUAAACAAGCCAGAGAGUACGUAACCAGAAGCACAAGGUAAGUAGCAAUACUAGAAAGCAAAGACCACAACAGGGCAGGGAGGAACAGGAAAGGUAAGUAUUUAAACCAUAAGGUUAAUUCUGAUUGGAUAAUUUCCAAUCAGAAUUAACAAUCACAUGUGGGAGAUAUCUAGACCUCCCACUGUGAUUAAGGCACUGUGCCUUUGCCUGUGUCUUUAAUGCCGGGUCAGGUGACUGACCCCGGCGUGUACAAACCUGGGCGGUCUCCCAGCGUGCAGCGUCAUGUAUGCUGCCGCUGGGGGACGUGGAGGAAACGGCGGGCGGCAUCCGAGGCUGGAAGGAUGCCGCUCGCCGGACCCACGAGGAGGAGGGGACCGCGGACGGCUGGAGGGUGAGUACCGCGAGCGGAGUGCAGCCUCCCCUCGCAGCCGCCCGCGGGAUCCCGACAGUGAAUCCCACACUAACAAUUUACCCUUAAUAGGGAACAUAUAGUGUGGGUGACAGCACUGUAAUUUGGCUGUGUAAUUCAAAACAAAUGCAAAUAUACAAAAUUAAGCCCAGCACUCAAAUUCCAACUAUUCCUGGGCAACUGCAAUGACUAUGCUACACAUCAGUCCCAAUAUGUAUGCUCUUCUAAAAUUAGUUUUUCAAAUCCAGAAGAAAGUGUGUUACCUACCCGGGGGGGGGGGGGGGUGGAGGUGCACAUAUUUCUCCCAGCGGGUUGGGCAACAAGACCUUCUUUGCUCUAGGAUUGCUGAUGUUUGCAGAGGUGCUGAUGAGCAUAAAUUGCAUAUGUUUUGCUCCCCUUCUAACCCUUUCCAGCAAGCAACAGACAUACCUCAUCAACACCUUUUUGACAGUUUUCUAGUCAUGACAAAUAUCAUAGCAAUGGAGCAGCUCAAACCUCUUUAGUCGACAACCAUGACUAGCAACACACAACAAGCUGUGUACACAUCUGUCCAUCCUGCCCUAAACACAAAGAUAAGAAUAUAUUUUUAUGUAUAUUAGAAAUCAUUUUAUUCCUUGAUUUCUUUGUAGGUUGUAUGUGCAUCCUGAUUCCCCAUUCACCGGUGAACAGUUAUUAAAGCAAAUGGUUUCCUUUGAAAAAGUAAAACUGACAAACAACGAGCUGGAUCAACACGGCCAUGUAAGUAUGCACGUAUGUUAUCAACAGCCCUGCUGUAGGCAGUUAGAAGUUUGUAAAUAAAUUAGGAAUGGAUUACACAUUUAACCCCUUAAGGACCAAACUUCUGGAAUAAAAGGGAAUCAUGACAUGUCACACGUCAUGUGUCCUUAAGGGGUUAAAACUCAUUUUAAUAGCUUUCGACACAAUGUUACAAUUAUUGGAAUUACAUUUGUAUGCAGAAAAGCACAUUGUGCUUAUAGCUAUACUGUAUUUAUUGAUUAUAACAUGCAGAUAGCUGACUGGGCUAAAAUACCUGCUGUAGAAAUGGGAUAGUUACAGGUUGAAAUCUUAAUAAUAUAGUACCAAUGUGUAACUUCAUAUAUAGGAAAUGCAUUGUAUAAGCAGAAGCAGGGCUGAAACUUUAUACUAACCUACUAGCCAUUAGCAAGUCAAAAUCCACAUUUUGUGAGUGUGCCAUGGAUCCUCAAGACUUGCAUUAGCAAGUAAGUUUUAGGCCUCUAUAGUACUGUAGUAGUAUUUGCAAAGAGAGAAAAAAUGAACCUCAGUACAAUCACAUGAAGAUCCUGGAGCUAAACUUGACCAAAGGCCAGCACUGGCCCAAGAGAGUAGAUAUCAGUAGUAAAAAGAGGAUCCAGGCACUCCAAGUAUCUUCAAAAGCUUUAGAUGGUUACUGAAUAGGUUCAUAUUGAGGUGGGAAUUUCCAACAAAACAUUAGUGAGAAUAUCACUAGACUUGUUCACAGUUGUUUGGUUCAGCAGUAAAAUGUUUCUUAAAAUUGAAAUGAUGUAUGUCCUGGACGUCUAAAGCUCGUUCAGGAGAUGGUUUGACUUAGGUGAAUGACAUUCAUGGGAAAAUAUGUACAUAUAUAAUAUAAACAUUAACACAAGCGAAAAAAAUAACCAACGGAUGGAAAAAGGGGAGGUUCGAUAAAACAAAAACCUAUAUUUAUAUAUUUUUUAUUAUAUAAUAUAUAGAUUUUAUUUUACUGCUCAUUUUUUCCCCUUUAUUGGUCACUUGAUCUGUGAAUAAAAUUUUAGUGGCUGUCCCCUAGCCAUGAAUCAUUUUUUGUCCCACCUAUCAUCUCUGUUUUCUGGCCAGAAUGCUGGCUGGAAGUUUGAAUACUGAAUCAUGUGAAAAUGUUCAGCCAUUUUCCUAAUCAUUUGCUCAAUUUUACAUCUACACGGUGCUUAUGGAGAUAUGGAAUUUAUCCGAACAGCCAGACAGCCCAACUUCACAAUUCAGCCAAAUCCGAAUGCAUAUAUCUACAUGUAACAAUACAUUGGACUGUUUUCAAUAUGGGAAAUUUUCCUUUUGGCUAAGACAUUUCAAAUAUUCCUAUGUCAGCUAAGUUCCAUCCAUAUUGUCGUCCCCAACUUGGGGAGGCAGGUUAGUUUCAUGCCAUGUGCCAGACAGGGAAUUGAAAAGAUCUUCACUUACCAGGCUGUUCAGACCUUCACAGUAUUAUGGAACAUUCAUUCAGAUCUGUGCAUAUCCAGGGCCAGAUUAAGAGCCCAGUGGGCCUGGUGCUGACAAUUAUGACGGGCCUAAUUACAGAAUCAUAUCGACCAAAAACAGUUAAACACUCCCAAGCAUCAUGUAUCUGAUGGAGAUGGUGCUGGAGAGAAAGAAAACAGCAGCUAUAAGAAAACACAUACCCUAGGCUAAUCUCUCACUAAUUUAUGUUUUCAUCUUUCAAGUAAAUCCAUAACCCCUAACAGCAGUGUCCAGUCAAGUAGGAAGUCAAUAGGCAUAGUAAAAGGGUGUGCCACUGACACAAAUCACAUAACCUGCCAAAAGGGGCGAACAUGCCCAAAAAGAGGACAUGUGUGCUCAAAGAAUUAGAAGACCAGCCUGGCAUGAAUGCAUGUCAGGCUGCCUGCCAAUCAUGCAGCUGGGCAACUAAGGGCAUACUAUGCAGACAGCACCCUGAGCUUGGCAUAAAUGCAUCUAAUGAUGCGCUCACUCAACGCUUUCUAAGGACUGUCCCCUAGCACUCGCUGGUCCACUUGUCUCCUUACCUUCUUACUGGCAGGCAGAUGCUCCUGGUAUAUGGUCCGGGACAGAGAAAAGCUGUAUGUAGUGAGUGUAGAAGAAAGGGAACAUGCCACCGUGUUAGAGAGACCAAAGUCAGCAUUACCACAAGCAUGAAUUCAUGACCCUAUAGUGUUAACACCACCAUCUAGCCCCCCUGGGCCCCUCAUGCCUCCAUAAAUAUAGCAAAAUCCUACUAUAUUCAAGCCUGAAGCUGUAACUCUGCAUGCUGUUAGACUCAUAAAAACAAGCAGUCUGCUGACAUCAUUAGAAGUGGUGGCCUGAUCCAAUCACAGUACUUCCCCAUAGGAUUGGCUGAGACUGACAAAGAGGCAGAUCAGGGUCAGAGCCAGCAUGAUUCUAACACAGCCCUGGCCAAUCAGCAUCUCCUUAUAUAGAUGAAUUUAAUUAAUGAAUCUCUAUGAGGAAAGUUCAGUGUCUGCAUGCAGAGGGAGGAGACACUGAAUGUUUGGAUGCAUUUUAGGCAGCCAUGACCCAGGAAGGAUCUCUAACAGUCAUCUAAGGAGUGGCCAGUGAAGUUAUCACUAGGAUGUAAUGUAAACACAGCAUUUUCUCUGAAAAGACCAUGCUUACAGCAAAAAGCCUGAUGGUAAUGAUUCUACUCACCAGAACAAAUUCAAUAAGCUGUAGUUGUUCUGGUGACUAUAGUGUCCCUUUAACUAUAUUCAUUGUCAGCCAGUCCACACAAGUUUACAUCCCUCUUAAGUUUCCAUACUUAAGUAAGAGUAUGUGAAAAGUAGUUAGGGUUGCCACCUUUCUUGGAAAAACAUACCGGCCUUACUAAUUUAUGUGUGGGUAACAUCACAUGAUGUAAAUCACAAGGAGUGACAUAAGAGAAAAUGCUGUAAAAUCACCAAAAAACUAUUUAGUUUAAAUCUGCUGUAAAGAUGGAUUCCUCCCAGUGCCCCCAUGACUCAGUGCCCCCAUAUGUCGAUUACUCCAGGUCUCAGUGCCCCAUGUCUCCCAGUGAUCCUAUGUAUCAGUGUCUCAAUGCCCUAUGUCUCCCUGUGUCCCCAUGUAUCCCAGGGUCCUCAUGUCACUAGGACACUAGGAAGACGGGGAGACCUGGGGAGACCUAGGGACACGGAGACACCAGUGACACUGGGAGACUAGGGGACUCUGGCUGGGACACAUGGGGACAAUGGGAAAAUAGGGGACACUUGAAGACAUGGGAUCACAGACACCAGGGACAAAGAUACUAGAGACACUGGCUGGGGGACAUGGGGACAUUGAGACAUGGGGGCACUGGGAGACAUGGGGACACUGAGAUACCAGGGCCACAGACACUAGGGACACUAGCUUGGUGACAUUGUGACACUUGAGGCACUGAGAGACAUGGAGGCACUAGGAGACAUGGGGACAGUGAGACACUGGCAGACUGGGGGCACUGGGAGAGUAGGGGUCACUGGAAGACUAGGGGUCACUGGGAGACUAGAGGCACUGAGACACCAGGGACACUGGCUGGGAGACAUGGGGACACUGUGUCCCCAUGUGUCUGUGUCAUAAUGUCUCCCAAUGUCCCUUAGUGUCUCAGUGUCUGCCAUAAUGUCUCCCAAUGUCCCUUAGUGUCUCAGUGUAUGUCUCCUUGCAGCCUUUCCCCCAUCCCUUACUUCCCUGAGCUGUAGGCUGUCUCUGCAGGGUGGGAGUUGCUGUCUGGACUCUCUGUAGCUGCACCCCUGCAGAUCAGUGAGUAUAGAUAGGCAGGGAGGGAUAUGCUGGAAUUUCCUAUCCCUGCCUGUCUCCACAUACAGCGACCUCUACUGGCCAGUGCUGGUAUUGCAUAGUAAUUUCCAUUUAUACUGAGAAAAAUACCAGCAUUUAUAUUGCCAGUAUCACUGCAAUAUUGGCACCAGCCAGGCAGCCUCAAAUACUGGCUGUGCCAAUAAAAUAAAAGCCAGGUGGAAUCCCUAAGAUUAGUGUGUGAAAAAAAAAAACUGUAAAAAAAAAAAAUCAAUGGGCCUAUUCCAUGGGCCUGGGCCUGGAGCUGCAGCUCCAUCAGCCCCUAUGUUAAUCCGGCCCUGUGCAUAUCCACGACUUCACUGCUACCACUUCACUGCUGCAUUUGACUUGUUAUGAACACGGGCCUCGCUACAGACCAGGGUCUUCUCACUCACGUUAUUCCUCAUCCUAUAUUAAACCCUAAAAUUUUUGUUAAAUCAGAGUAUUAUAUAAAUCUAUACUUACACUCCACGCUCUAUAAAUACUUAUACUUUUGAUUUUCACUCCACACCUCCUGUAUUAACAUCACCUACAGCAAUAUCUCCACUCUGUGAUGUUAAAUUAAUUCCAAAUAUGGUGCAUUUGCCAGUGCAUUGUCACUAAUUAUGCAGAAAGAGGUGUUAUUUCUCUCUUUUAGUCAUAACAAUGAAAUGGUGGCAAAAUUAUAAUGGAGGAUUUUUAGGGCCCCACUCGGAGCUCCAACCCUUGUCAGCUUACCCCUGGCAACACCCCUGGUUAUGAAAGCCAUGAGCAAUGUCUCAUCUCACUCUGCAGUCCACUUAUUAACACCUCCAGAGGCAUCAUACAUACUUGUAAUAGUCUGGCAGCCUGUUCAACCAGAGAUACUUCAGUCUACCAGGAAAUAUUCCAAUGACUGGGCCAGGUCUGCAGAAUAUUGAGAUUACGGGUCACCAGUGUAGGCACAAACCCAUACAGUUAUAAGAUGGCAAAGUAACAAAGGCUCUAUACCAUACCCGCCUGCUGCUUCACUCCUCCAUUACUGUGCCAAAAGACAUUCCAACACAUCCCUGCUAUUUUAAUUGGCAGAAGAAUGAUGUGAGGCUGCAGCAAACAAUCCUGUAUGCUAGUGGCCAUGUUUGCAAUUGUCUUCCUGUCUCCGUUGCCAUCCUUCUCAUGCAAUGACACCAGGGAUGAAGGGAUGAUAGUACCCAUCCAUCCCAGAAAGGUAGGCAAUCAGGAAGCUGGAAGAGCCUAUAAAUCAAGCAAAAUACUAAAUAUUUUUUUCCAAUUUGACAAUUGUUAUUGUUUUAUCUGAAAUGCAAAAUAAUAAUUGGGGUACAGAAAAGAAAAGGGAUAUGGGAUAACGCUGGUAGCAUAAAGAAUUGUGACAUGACAUAUUCCAUGGUAUUCAACAUUACCAUCUAUAUCUUUGUAUUGUCAAUACAUAACCAUGGAUAGUGUCUUUGAUCAGUAUGCACGGCUUUUGUGGCCAUUGGGGGUGCCUCGUAUGGCCAUUGCUAAUACAUCCCAAUUAACAAAGGGUUUAACAAAGGCAUAAAUUAUUAACAUAUUUAAACAAAAACAGUGUAAGUUGUACAUAGCCACCCAUGUGCUUGUUUCCUAUGUGGCGUGUUUGUCUUUCUUGUCGUGACUAUGCAUUUUCUAGACUUUUGCAAAAUACUAUAUUUUUUUAAGGAGUGACAAGGCAAAUAUUUGUUUUUUUUCUUAGUUUGAGGACCCAAAAAAUAAAUCAACUUCCACACACAUAUUCCUUUUUUUUGCAGUCAUGACAAUAUUUCUAUAACCAAAGUAUUCUUGGCCUAAAAUAAUGAUUUUGUUAUGCAAUAUGACAGUUAAACCUCUUCAGCAUUUAAUUUGUAUACAAAUAUGCUUGGUGUUUUCUUUCAGAUUAUCCUAAAUUCCAUGCAUAAAUACCAGCCAAGAGUUCAUAUUAUUAAAAAGAAAGACCACACAGCUUCUCUGCUGAACCUGAAAUCUGAAGAAUUCAGGACAUUUAUCUUUCAAGAAACCGUUUUUACUGCUGUUACGGCCUACCAAAAUCAACUGGUGAGUUUAUUGCAUACCUAAGACAUUGGUUAAAAAAAAAAUGAGUAAACCUCCAAAACAAACCCAUUUAUUUAGAGUAACCAUCAGCAUUUGUAUAUCAAACAGGAAGAUAGCCAGAUGAGAUAUAAAGAUACUUAAUUGACAGAGCCACCCAAUAAAGCUAAUUCAUUUUCAGUGCUUCUGUUUUUGGAAUUUAUUGCACAUACAGCAUAUGUCAGACAUGUUUUUGCAUAUUAUUUAUGACUGUUAAGCAAUAAGCACAUAUGUUCCCAAAGACAAAACACAAUAUUAUUUAUACGUCUGAAUUAAGGACAUUUUCUUCCAUUUUUCUCUGCUGUUGCCAAGAAUCUGAUUCAAUUUAUUCUGUUCUUAUUAGAUAAAAGAUAAACACAUUACACUUUCAACAAACUAUCUCAUAAUUUAAAAUUUAAAGGUCAGGUUUCAAUCCGAGCAGUCAAGCCGCGGAGACAGAGUUGAAGAGCAGGUCAAAUGACAUAUUCAUUGAUGAAAGGUUAUUCUAUGUUAGCAAAACUAUAGUUAUAAAAGAGAGAGAAAUUUUUUUAAACCCUGAUGGAAUUAGUACCCAUAUCUAUAUGUUGGAAACAAUGGAACGGUUACUACUUGCCACGAUCAAAUAGCAAGUAUUUGUAAAAUUAUAAAAGGGAGAGUUUAGGACACCUUUCUCUGCAUUAGAUUAAUCAGAAUUUUAUGUUUUUUUUUUUUUUUUCAAAUAAGAAGCUUAAAGGAAAACUGUCACAAUUUUCUAUGAGAUGGUCCAUUUUUUUUUUUAGAUUUAUAUUAAAGAUUUAUCAAAUUACAUCACAAUCCCGUUAAGACAAGGUAAAACCUGGGUAAACAUUCCAUCUGAAGAGAAGAAAUAGAAAUAUGGCUGAUUGCCAUAGGCAAAGGACAGAAUUUUUUAGCAAAUAUUGUUGACAGGCAGCUAAAAUGGAGGCACCCAUUGCAGGAUAAAAAGGUGUGGAUAUGUACAUUUAAUUUAAUUUUGCAUAUUUAUUAACAAUAGAGAUAAGAAUGCAUAAUAUUAAAAACCAUGUGACGUAAUAUUUCCCCUUCAGUAAGAAUAUAGUAAAUAGUGCAUGUCCUUACCACUAGGGCCGGAUUUACUAGAAGACAAAGUACGUAGCAGCCUUCAGGCGUGUGUCUCUCCCAUUUUGCUGUCUGUCUCGACUAUAGCUGCAUGCUACCCAAGGGUCCAUGUUUAGGAGCUACAUUCCCUGUUUUGGGCCCAGAUCUCUCUAUGCCUGUUUUUAUCCAAAUGUCUCUCUUUUCUCAACGCUCCAUAUUUUUGGUGUGUCUGAGUGUAUAACAGAACUCCACAUCAAUACAACUCACAGUAAUGCAUCUUUAAACUACAUUAGAUGUGUUUAGAAAUCAGUCUGUGUAAAUAAGAUACAUUGUUCUUCUUCUAAGUUACAUUUUAGUUCCAUACAUUGUUUAGUAAGUCAUCUAAAAUUUCUUAGAACAACUCCACCCCUGGCGACACUCCUACUAACUUCCCUAGCAUUAAGGUGUCCCUAUUUCCUUAUUUGAAAUGUUAUGAUAUAUGUAAAGUUGCAUUUAUUAAUUUUCAAAUGUAUUCGAUAAAAAAUUUAAUUUUGCGUGAUAAUUGCAUUUUGUGAUGAGAAAGAGUAGAUAAGUACCUCCUGACUUUCUUGUGCUUCCUCCAAGUCAUGGAGCUGGUAACAGAUAACUGGAUUGUUUUUGGAGAGAGUAGGGGACCAGAGAAUUGUGCACCUACAAUUUGGUCCUGCUCACCACUCAGCUUGCUAAAUAAACUGCAUUGAACUACACCAACAUCCAUUGGGAUUAUAAUUUUAAUCAUUGAAAUAAUAUCUUUCUAGAUAACUAAGCUGAAAAUUGACAGCAACCCAUUUGCCAAAGGAUUUCGGGACUCAUCCAGACUAACUGACAUUGAGAGGUAAUAAUUUAAUUUACUCACUUAUUUACUUCACUUAUUUGUUUGUCUCCUCGUUCUGCAGUAAACUGUGUAUUACUCUAAUGUAUAAUUUACAUAUAAUACAAAUUAAUAAUUGUAUAAUAGAAAUAUAAGUUUGAAUGGGAUAAUGGUUUUACGUUAGUUAAAUCAUUUUAUUCUAUAGUUCUUUUCUGCAGACAUUAAAUUUCUAUCAUGAAAGUUCCAUGAGUGGUCAUAGGUAUCCAAUGCCCAAUAGGUUUCAAGAGAUUUUAUCUAAGCAAUAACAUUAUAAUUUAGAAGACAUAUAACCAUAAAUAUCUCUCUGUUUGUUGUGUUGUACAACCUGCAAGAAGAGUUAAUAAGCGGCUCAAGGAGGGCUGAAUCCUCUGCCACUGCUCAAAGGGGUAGUGGAAGGACAAAAAUUCUCUUAAUGUAAUGCUUGGUGGGCAUGGGAAAUGGGAGCAGUUCUAGGACUUCCCCUGGAGAUAUCCCCAUUUUAUCUCCUUCAGGUGAAUAAAGAAGGUAUUCUCAGACAAAAAGGAGCUGAUAACCUGUAAAAGAGGUGGUUCAGCCCAAAAAAGAACCUUCACAACCAGCAAAAUGGUGUCAUGCACUAUAUAUCACAUAUUACAGAUCUUCUUUGCUGUAGCUCUCCUAAAGAAUAUAGAUGACAUAUCGUAACGUGUUCUUAGCUAUUGUUAAGGUGUGUUCUAUUCCAGAACUUUAUGCAUAAAAGUUUAAUAAUUAAAUUCAAGCUGUAUGAUUGCAAGACUAGUCAUGCUACAUAAUUGUUUGCAUUAUGCUCUACAAUAUAGAUAUAUGAAUGUUAUUGAAAAGUAGGCAUACUGUUCAUUUAACAUUUGAAAUCAGCAGUUAUAUUAUUAGAAAAGGUCAGUUUCUAAAAUGAUUGAAUUUAUGACAUAAGAUAAAGGUUACACUGCCAGGUUUACUCUCUCACAUGUAGGGUUAGCUAUGUAAUCUAUCUAUAAAUCUAGCACGCUCUCUCUCUCUCUCUCUCUCUGUCUGUCUAUCGCAAAGCUAAUUGUAAUCACUGGAGAAACUAACAGCAAACAAUAAACUUUUAAAACAUUCACAAUUAACAUUAAAAAAAUAAACGUCCAAACUCCAUAAAGCACUUCAGCUUGCGGCAUAUUGGUUCUAAUGCUGGAGGGUUCCUUUAAGCAAUGAAGAUUUAAGAAAUAAAGGUUAAAAUAAACUCGGCCAAUCUCUAUUUGUAAAAUAUACACAAACAGACACAAUAUUGCAAAUCUUUAUCUAUUCAGCCAUCCAUUCCACAAUUACAACUUUCCUUUCAGUAGUCUGACUAAGAUGGAAAGUGGCAGGUAGGUUUGCUGAUAAUCCAAAUUUGUGCUUUCAUAGGUUUAUUUUGUUGGCUACAGAAAAAAGAAAAUUGAGUAAUUAUGUAGAGCACUUAGAUUUUUGAAAGUUAAAUCUUUUUAUAUUGGAAUAAUUAUCUUUAUCAUAUAAAGAUGUCAUGCACAAGUUUAGAAAAAGGAAAAAUAAGUAUUCUAUUUUCUUUAUAUCAUUAUCUGCAUGUUCUUCUUUCCUCUGAAGUAUUAACAAAAAUAUAUCAAACUGUUCUGGAUAAAUUAACAUAUGGACAUUUUUGUAGUCAAAGGGACACUCCAGGCACCAAAACAACUUUAUCUAAAAUAAGUUGUUGUGGUGUCAGGAGGCCCUCGAAGGCACUCUUGGGGUUAAACCAUUCUCGAACGAUUUAACCCCAAAGUUGCAUCCAGUGGUGAUGUCCAUGCCACCAGGCGGAAUCAGACUAUCAGUCAAUCAGUGACUCCCCAUUCACAAAACUGGCUUGGAGAGAAGCGUACCUUUUUUAAGCCAAUUUUGUGAAUGCGGAGUCAGUGAUUGGCUGAGAGCAUCAGUUAACCACUCUCAGCCAAUCAGUGGUACCCCUACUUGCGCUUUCUGAAACUGAAAGUUCAGAAGUCAGAUGCUGCCUUUGUGUGGACAUCAUCACUGGAGGUAACUUUGUGGUUAAACCGUUCGAGAAGGGGCCUCCUGGUACCAUAACAACUUCAUUUAGGUUAAGUUGUUUUGGAACCUGGAGUGUCCCUUUAUUGGACAACCUAUUGGGCAGUGUAUAGUGGUUAGUACACAGGUACUAGGCAGGGGCGUAUUAGCCGCGAGGCAAACAAGGCAUUUGCCUUGGGCGGCAUUUUUCAGGGGGCGGCAAAAAAAGCCGCCCCCCAAAUGCCCAGGGCAAAUGUCAUGUUAGCCUCGCGGCUAACAGACAUGCUGGGCACCGGGCUGCAUUGGCGAGCGGGCGGGCGGCUGACGAGUUUCUUCCUGUGAGCUGACUCAGCUCAGCAGAGUGAGGCUGGGUCGGAAGAUGACGUCAUAUUCCGGCUCCCAGCCUCACUCUGCAGCGGCGUGCGAGGGAGCUGAGCAGUCAGCUCACAGGAAGAGCUCCCUCGUCAGCCGCCCGCCCAGCAGCCACUGGACCACCAGGGAGAUAGAGAACCCCUUCCCUCCCCAGCACUCCCAAAGGUAAGGAGGCUGGAGGGGAGGGGAGGUUUAAAAAGUACAUGUGUUAAUGUGAGUGUGUGUUAGUGUGAGUGUGUGUUAGUGUGAGUGUGUGUUAGUGUGAGUGUGUGUGUUAGUGUGUGUGUGUGUCUGUGUGUCUGUUAGUGUGUGUGUGUGUCUGUUAGUGUGUGUGUCUGUGUGUCUGUUAGUGUGUGUGUGUGUGUCUGUUAGUGUGUGUGUGUGUCUGUUAGUGAGUGUGUGUUAUUGUGUGUGUCUGUUAGUGUGUGUGUCUGUUAGUGUGUGUGUCUGUUAGUGUGUGUGUGUGUCUGUUAGUGAGUGUGUGUGUCUGUUAGUGAGUGUGUGUUAGUGUGUGUGUGUGUCUGUUAGUGAGUGUGUGUGUCUGUUAGUGAGUGUGUGUGUCUGUUAGUGAGUGUGUGUGUCUGUUAGUGAGUGUGUCUGUGAGUGUGUGUGUCUGUGAGUGAGUGUGUCUCUGCUAGUGAGUGUGUGUGUGUAUUUAGAAGGCGGGGGGAAGGGAUGGGAGGGGUCACGCGAACGGGGGGGAAGGGAUGGGUGGGGGUCGCGCGCGCAGGGGCGGUUGGGGGCGCCUGAGUUUUGUCCUGCCUAGGGCAGCACAAAACCAGGAUACACCACUGGUACUAGGGUAUCAGGGGCAUAACUAGGAAUCACAGGGCCCCGGUGCAAGUAUCAGAGAAGCUCUCAGUGAUACACAUAUACUAACAUACACUCACUGACAUGAAAUGCAAUCAUUGGCACAUGCACUGUUUGACCAACACACACUCUUACUGAUACAUAAUCACUGACAUGACACUCACUCAUCAGCACAAACACUAUUUACCCAACACACAAUUUCACUCACAAAUGCUUGCUCUCAGUAAUACACACUCACUGACAGACACACAGUCACUGGCACACAUACUGUUUAACCAACACAUGCAUUCUCACUGACAGACACACAUUGUCAGAUACACAUACACUGACAUACACAAACUCACUGACACACACACAUUUUUAGGUUUUAGGAGAAUUACUAAUAAUAAUUUACACACUCAAUAUGUAAUUUAGAACAAGAACAAUGUACCUUGUUUACACAGACUGAAUUCUAAACAUUUAUUCAAUAUACUUUAAAGACCUAUUACUGUGAGUAAUAUUGCUGUGAAGCUGUGUUAUACACUCAGACACACCAACAACAUGGAGCACCAACAAUAUGGAGAUUUGGGUCAAAAAUAGGGACCCUCCCUCCUAAAUAGGGACACUGGAGGUAUGGUGUGGUUAACAGUACAGUACAGGGACACUGUAGGCACCCAGACCACUUCAGCCCAUUGAACUGGUCUGGGUGCCAACUCCCAUCACCCUUAACCCUGCAAGUGUAAUUAUUGCAGUUUUUAUAAACUGCAAUAAUUACCUUGCAGGGUUAAGUCUUCCUCUAGUGGCUGUCUACCAGACAGCCACUAGAGGGAUUCCGGCUUCUUAGACGACUUUUAAACAAUGCUGGAUGUCCUUACACUAUGCAUGAGAACCUCCUGCGUCACCGGAAUCCCCAUAGGAAAGCAUUGAAUCAUGCUUUCCUAUGGGGAGGUCUAAUGCACGUGCAUUAGGUCUCCCCCGCCGACGUCCGGAGGAGCGUGGGCGGAACAUGACCAGUGCCGAGGGACAUCGGCGCUGGAUUCAGGUAAGUGUCUGAAGAUAUUUUAAACCCCUUCAGCGAUGUGGGGUGGGAGGCGGGCACUCCAGGAUUUUGCAGUGCCAGGAAAACGGGUUUGUUUUCCUGGCACUGGAGAAUCCCUUUAACACAAUUAUAACUCCUUCCCCUUGCAUAUAUCAAUAUACAUAUUUGCUUUUCUUUGCUUGGGCUAGAACAGAGUCAGGUAUCUAAAGAACAGCAUCAAUGUCAGGGAAGAAGGAUGACAAUCUAAAAUAAAUUUGGGGUGAAAUCAUAAUUUUAGAUAUAAUUUAUGACAAAAUUGAAACAAUUAGUUCAAGCUGAAAAUUUUUUUUUUUAUCAUUCGUGUGCAGCAUAUAUUGGAGAUAAUUCAUCUUAUAUUGGACCUUAGUCAAAUAUGCAACUAAUGUUAGCAUUAUUAGCGACAAGGCAGUUAGACUUUGAUCUCUUCUUGGUUAAAUAGAAUCAGUGCUCACAUAGUGUAGUUAGUAAUUGCUACCAGAUUAUUUCAGAUUCAGAAAAUGGAAAAUUGAGAAGUUUAGUUUUUUUUUUAGGUGAAGUUGUCCCAUAACUGGAUCACUGUGUUGACCUAUUGCAGGGGCAGACAUAAGAUUACCUACUCCUGAUCUAGUGACUAAAAGCCAUUGUCAAGGGGUGCCUCACCAAUGCUUUACUAGUUGUUAGGAAAGCACUCCAAUUUUUGUCCCAUCUUUUUUGAAGGAGAUGUUUAUUUCAUUGAGUAUUUCUUUGACUUCUUGAGUUGCUUAUAUAAAAAGAAAUGCAUUUACUACAGUUCAAAAACACUUUAGCGCUUCAGAGAUUUAUAAAUUAUGAAAUUGACAGAUUAGCCACACCGGCUCAGGGACACAUAGUAAACCAAUGGGUCAAAUACAUCUUUGUGUGAGGUAGUGACAUUUUGUUACAACCAGUCCUCCAACAGAUGUGUCUGCCCCUUGUGAUCAGGACUGCCCCUAAUUACGCCUAUAGGAAGUGGAAUGGGUAGCUAUUUGGGCUACUAACCCACCUAUGUUUGUAACUCGGCUUACUAGAAACACACACUAAAAUUUUGCUUUAAGUAAAUCCAAUAUAUUACCAAAUAUUUCAUCAAUAUUAAGGACAAUUUGCCAACUGACCAUUGUAUAAAUAUUCACAUAUAUACUUUUAUAUAGACUUUUUAAUUAUAUAUCUUCUAUCCAAGUCGGAUUUUCAACAUCUCAUUGUAACAAGAUAAUGGCCUAUAGGUUUAAUUUUCAGAUGUUUAAUGCAGCCUCUCCCCUAAACAGCCUUUGGGGAAGAAACAAAUCAAAUCAAUUGAUCUUUUGAGAACUUGAGAAAUUGAAUUAGUCUGGAGUCAGUUAAUGCACUAAACCACUGAAUAAUUGGAUUGCCUCUUGUAACUGAUUGGAAUCAGCUCCUAUCUGUAAACAAUACACAUACACACAGCUCUGUUCUAUGGGAGAUCUGAGGCAAAAACACAUCUUUAUAUGACAUGAUGACAGAAAUUGCACUAUUCUGGACUAAUUGAAUAUUACGUUAUGAAUAUAUAAGUUUAUUUAAAGCUUCAAGAUGAAUUUUAUGUGUGACUGACCUAAGGCUAAGUGCAGUUUUAUCACACCAGUAUAUAAAUGGCAUGUGGUCAACUGUAUAAAUAUUUUAAGAUGGAAUGUCUAAGAUGAGAGAAAGAGAGUUUAGUUUACAGAAUGGCAGAACAACUCAUAUUUCCCCAUAAUAUUGUGCAUUUGAUUAAUUCUAUUAUGCUAUAUAUCCGUGUUUUUACUAAGAAUGUUCCUGUUUUUGUUUCUUUCACUAUCUGGAACAUUCUCUCACCCCUCAAAGUGCUGCUAUAAAAUUCAUUUUACUUUUCUGCACUUUCCAUUAGUGAUAUUAAUAGUUACCAUUUUCUCUGUAACAUUUUAUCUGCAGUCAUGGAUUAAGUAGGUUGCUGGUAAUUGCUGUUGCUAUUGCCUAUUUAAAAAAAAUUAAAAAAAAACUUUAGUGUUAGGAAUACAAAGCUGUAUUCCUAACACUAUAGUGCCCUCUGCACCCCUCACCCAUGGCAAAUAAAGGGAUAAAAAAAAGCCUUUUUACACUUACCCGAUUCCAGCGCUGAUGUCCCUCAGCGCCGGGUAGAGCUUCUCUCCCACCGACGUCAGCCAAUGUGAGGGACUGAAUGCACAUGUCCGGUAGUCGCCACACGCACAUUAGAGCUUCCCCAUAGGAAAGCAUUGCCUCUAUGGGGAUAUACAAGACACUGGAUGUCCUCAUGCAAACUCUGUGAAACUACAGGGAGUGCCUCUAGUGGCUGUCUGGCAGACAGCCACUAGAGGCAGUCUUAACACUCAAAAACGACAGUGUUUUACAUUACAGAGUUAAGGCAACAGGGACACUGCACCUAGACCACUUCAAUGAGAUCAAGAGGUCUGGGUGCCUAUAGUGCCCUUUAACAUUAUUAUUACAGUUGGAGGAGAUGACAGGCUGAUUAGGGUCUAAGGCUAGAAAAGAUAGGGUUUAUUCACUGCUGUAACAUAUUGACUUGACAAAAUAGGCAUGCACAGCAUAUUGCACUAGUGUGGGCACCCAACGAACAUUACCAUCUAAAGUUUAGAUAAUUUAAAUAUGAAAAUACAUUUUUGCUUUACUUGCAACCAGUUAUAUACAGAGUUAGCCAUAAUAUUUUUUAGAAAAACGUAACUAACCAAACUCAUUCAAAACUGCUCAUACAGACCUAAAGAGAGGACAAUAUGACAAUAUGGCUCUGUAUUAGGGCACGCCCCUUGCGCAAGCCUUUGACUGAUAACAACAUUGCAAAAUAGAAAUUAAAUGUGGACCUUUAAUAAGAACCAUUCGGCCCAUCUAGUCUGCCCAAUUUUCUAAAAACUUUCAUUAGUCCCUAGCCUUAUCUUAUAGUUAGGAUAGCCUUAUGCCUAUCCCAUGCAUGUUUAAACUCCUUUACUGUGUUAACCUCUACCACUUCAGCUGGAAGGCUAUUCCAUGCAUCCACUACCCUCUCAGUAAAGUAAUACUUCCUGAUAUUAUUUUUAAACCUUUGUCCCUCUAAUUUAAGACUAUGUCUUCUUGUUGUGGUAGUUUUUCUUCUUUUAAAUAUAGUCUCCUCCUUUACUGUGUUGAUUCCCUUUAUAUAUUUAAAUGUUUCUAUCAUAUCCCCCCUGUCUCGCCUUUCCUCCAAGCUAUACAUGUUAAGAUCCUUUAACCUUUCCUGGUAAGUUUUAUCCCGCAAUCCAUGAACCAGUUUAGUAGCCCUUCUCUGAACCCUCUCUAAGGUAUCAAUAUCCUUCUGAAGAUACGGUCUCCAGUACUGUGUACAAUACUCCAAGUGAGGUCUCACCAGUGUUCUGUAUAAUGGCAUUAAAAUGUGCAUUGAAUUGAAGUGCAAUGUAUGUAUGCAGGCUUUAAUCUAUUAUCAAUAUGCAUAAUUCAGGAAAAUUAUACCCCCUCUAAUCCUUUUCUUAUCAUUUAAGAUCAAAGUCAUUUAAAUGUCCAGAUUUUUAAUCUGAAAUGGAAUCUUCAUUAGAAAUUCCUUUCAACAAAAUGAUAUAAAUAAGCAUUAAAAUGAAGUCAACAGACUGUUCCAUAGUGUAGUUUAAUAAGGUAACUACCAGUUCUAGCAAUGUCACUAACAGAUAACAAACGCAUUCUCUGUGAUUAUGAGCCCUGUCGGUUGUCUGUGAUAUUUUGAAGCUAUGUGUUCCAUCUCUCCACACCUCCACUUACUUAUGAUAUCUCCUAUUUUUGGGCUGCCUUCCAACCGUGAUAUUGUGUAGGACAGAAGUAGCAGGACUCUAAAACACAUACAUUUUUAUUUAACCCUUUUAUUGGAAUCAAUGGAAGCUCUCAGACAUUUUCAGAUAGACAAACAUGUUUAAAUCUUAAAACUGUGACUAAACAAGGUAGAACUACCAACUAACUGUGUAUAAGCAGACAUAUUCGUAAAAACCUGGACUUUUUUAGAUUAGAUCAAGGCUUUUGCUUCGCUCUGCAUUAGAUUACAAAAUAAAAGGGCAGGGUGAAGUAUCUGAGUCAGGAGUUAGGAAUCUAAAAUCUUUAAAGAUUAAAGCAUGUUUUAUAACACGCUACUAAGUCUGUAUUACUGUACAUUUCAAAACCAAGAGCCUGACAAGUGUAAAAAAAAAAAAAGAUAUGUAUAUAUAUAUAUAUAUAAAAAAAAAAAGUUCAUGUUGACGUGCUGAUAAUGUUGAACGGUGAUAGUAGAUUGAUCCAGGCUCAGUGCUGUUCUGGUGUCCCUCUUCUCUGCUAACUUUAUUAGACAUUUACUGGAAAUGCUUACAGUGCCCCCAGAAAUCAGAUAAUAAACUAAGCAGUAAUAGAUUUUACCUCAUUAACUGUCACAAAGUAAAGCCAUCCAUUUAUUAUCUAAUGCUACAUCUUUGCUUUUAGAUGUAAUUAAAAUAGUUUUCAAUGAGCCCCAUCUAGUGGCAUAAAUGGAAUAUGAGUCUUUUUUACAGUAAUUCCAAAAACAAGAGGUCCAAUUUAUUUAUCUAGGGUCAUAAAAGUGAUCUUAUAUUGUAAUCAAUUAAUAUGUAAAUCCCUGAGAAAAGUGUUGUGUCAACCCCUGAAAACCCAUUAUGUUUGCACCUCCUAAUGACUAGUGUUGGAGAUUCUAAUUGAUUAAGAUAAAUCUUUCUAAAUGUUCAUUUUAAAUAAGAGGACACAUUUUAGCUAAAUUACCAAGAGGUGUAAAAUGUAUGGUACACACUUAUUGCUAUGCAUUGCAUGCAUACAUAUGAUCAUUGUUUUAUUUAAAUGUCUUUAUCUCUAAAUAUAAUUGAUGAUAAUAUCACUAAAUUACCACUUUCAAUAUACAUUUAUUACUUAUAGACAUUAUUAUUGUGAUUUUUGGCUCACUUUCCCAUAUCAUUUGUUACAUACUAUUUUAAAAGAAUUAAAUUUUUUUUUCAAUUUAGCUAUCUUGAAUUAUUAUUAUAAGUCCAAUGCUUACCCUGUCUUCUUUUUUUGUUUGCAAUUUAUGUAUCCGCCCCACAUCCCAUUUCGAAGCUCUCUAUGGUCACCUAAUCAGUGAGUCCUUCUUGUUUAUAUUGUGGAGGGAGGGCUGGUUGUGGGGCAGCAUUGCAUUAAAUCUGAAAAAUUGGAGAAUACCCAUUAGCUAAACUAAGCAACCAGUUGAUUUAGAUUCUUUUUAUUACUCAUCGGGGAAAUGUUGUUUUGCCAGUUUUGACAUGCUUGCGCAAUUAUAAGUUAUUAUGACUUAGUUCUGACAUUAAAACUAAACCUUAUUUUAUCACUACUCCAAAAUAAGAGUAGUGUCUUUCUCUCUAACUCACCAUAUGUAAUUCAUAAGACAAAAAGAGUGAUAUACUAUUACCAAUGUAGAAAUGAAAAUAUAAAUUUUGUAGGACAUUGAUACCUUCAUACAUUUAAACAUUACUCUGACUCAUCAGACAGCUAUUUGUUAUUAGACCAUAGUAAGAGUUAUUAACACCAUGCACAUUAUGUAUCGUUCCACAAAGACCUUUUGAUUUAUUAUAAAAUAAAAACUGAUUUAAUAUCUUCCAUUUUUUUAUGAUUUUGGCUCCACCUCUACAUAGUUAGUCAGAAGCUAGGACUAUGGCUCUGACUUUACAUAGUUAUUUAGUAUUUAUGAAUAUGGAUCCACCCUUACAUAAUUAUAGUACAUCCCCAUUCAUAAAACAGAUACAAAUCUUUUUCAUGAAUGGCUGGUUACUGAUUGGCUUAGAGUGUCAGCUGACCGAUUUAAGCCAAUUAUCAGCGACCCACCCACCCAAUGGACCUCUGUGCUUCCUCAAUCUGGAUUGGAGAAAGCAGAUGCCAUUGAGGAUAGGGAGAUCCGGCACUGGAUAGCAACCUUUUGGGUUUAACAGAUUAUGAAUUGGUUAACACCUUCGUGUAACAAAGCACUACUGACUUCUUGGCACCAUAGCAACUUCAUUUCAAUUAAGUUGUUAGGUAUCCUUGCAGAUUCUUUAAACACACACAAAUAGAACCAUUCAUGCAUAAUAUAUAUAUAUAUAUAUAUAUAUAUAUAUAUAUAUAUAUGCACAUAUACAAUUAGAUGUUUACAUAAAAUAUUUACUUAAAGGGAUAUUAAAGAAUCUGUGCUCUUUCAUAGGUAAGGUUAUAAUGAGCUUCCUUUCUCUGUGUCUUAAAUGUUUUAACUCUAAAAUGAUAUAUCUUUGGUUAAAGGAAAAAAUCUUCCACUGGGACCCUCUGUUCAGUAGUUACGCCACUGAUCACAAUGUCUCAAAAUGUAACAUAAACAGUAAAACCAAAUAAAUAAAUAGACAGGGCUCCCUAAACAUGAGAGAGAUAAGGGGUUUAAAAUUUUUUUUUUUUUUAAAAGGCGUCACCAGCACUGGAAAGAGGUAAGUGACAAAGGGGGUUUAUAACCCUUUAAUCAUUGGGGUAGAGGGAGCGAUCCAAUAGUUUAUUGCAGAGGCCGAAUACUAUAUUGUUAGGCACACAGUUUUGUAUUCCUAACACAAUAUUGUUUUUUCAAUGAUUGAAAUAAUUAUUUAGUGUUAGAAUGUAAGUUAUUCAACAUUUAAAUUAUUUAUGAGAAAGAUUAGUACUCAAAUAAUAAUUUCAAAGUCCCUUAAAGGAACACUAUAGUCACCUAAAUUACUUUAGCUAAAUAAAGCUGUUUUAGUGCAUAGAUCACCCCCCUGCAAUUUCACUACUCAAUUCACUGUCAUUUAGGAGAUAAAUCACUUUGUUUCUGUUUAUGCAGCCCUAGCCACACCUCCCCUGGCUAUGAUUGACAGAGCCUGCAUGAAAAAAAAAACUGGUUUCACUUUCAAACAGAUGUAAUUUACCUUAAAUAAUUGUAUCUCAAUCUCUAAGUUGAACUUUAAUCACAUACAGGAGGCUCUUGCAGGGUCUAGCAAGCUAUUAACAUAGCAGGGGAUAAGAAAAUCUUAAUUAAACAGAACUUGCAAUAAAGAAAGCCUAAAUAGGGCUCUCUUUACAGGAAGUGUUUAUGGAAGGCUGUGCAAGUCACAUGCAGGGAGGUGUGACUAGGGUUCAUAAACAAAGGUAUUUAACUCCUAAAUGGCAGAGGAUUGAGCAGUGAGGCUGCAGGGGCAUGUUCUAUACACCAAAACUGCUUCAUUAAGCUAAAGUUGUUCAGGUGACUAUAGUGUCCCUUUAAUACAUCCUCCGUAUUGAAUGUAGCACAUGUGAUUACCCUUCACUGUGAUCGUUAGUCUGAGUGGUGUGUCAACAUCUGAACAGGAAACUACUGCAUACACACUUUAUUUACAUUUAAUUGGUAUGUAUCUUUUUAAUAUAAGGAGAUACUUGGUUAAUGGAAAGGGAGGUGUUACAAGAAAUUAGAUAACUGUCAGUCAUUUUUUCAGAAGAUCCUUCUGUGGAACUGUUUUUCUUGUUUUUUUUUACACCAGAGUUUCAUAAAAUAUUAAUAAGGCUAGUAGUCAGGUCAGUGGAUAGCCUGUGGUCCACAAAAUGACUACAUUUUUGUGGGUCCCCAGGCUUCCUGAAAGUCUCAUAGGAAAUAUGAUUUCAUAUGGCAUUGCACAUUUAAUAGGAUACAUCUUCCCACUAGUAAAUGCUAAUAAAUAAUAUAUGUUUAUUCUAUGUAAAAAGUUGGGUAAUAUUGUUAAAGUGAUUUUGUGAUCAUUUCACCGUUUCUGUAUUGUGCCCUUGUCUGUCAUGCCGAAGCCAGUAUUGGUAGAUAUCUUGUCACACAUUUUACAGUGGUGGUUUUUUUUCUUUCUUAAAUAGGGAAAGUGUUGAAAACCUUAUUCAGAAGCAUUCAUAUGCCAGAUCUCCUAUUCGAACAUACGGAGGAGAGGAUGAUAUUCUUGGGGAAGAUGGGCAGGUUGUGCAAAGCAGAGGUAAAAGAAAAUUAAUUUUGUAUCUUCUUCUCAUUCUUCUCAAAGCCACAUUAAACCAGAAAGAGAUUCUUUAUAAUUUAAGGGACAUUCCACUGCCCAAUCCCCCUGCCCCCCAAAUAAAAAUAUACAUCAAGGCAUUUUUGCAAGGCAAGUGCCCUGAGCAAUUGCCUGUCUCUUGAGUUUAGCUACAUUGAGCUAAACAUCUUAUUGACAGCCAGGGAGUGUAAUAAGGUUAAUUUAUAAAAGUGCCAAUUUCAAUUAUAAUCUGCACUUUUUGAAAAAUAAAAUAUGCAUAAACGCAUAAAUCACUCCAGCAAGCCGAAUUAUUUUAGAGGUCUGGAAUGUCCCUUUAAUUAAGACUAACCCAUAUUAAACAUACAUUUUGUUUCUUUGAAAAUAGACAUAGGUUUUGUUUCUUUCAUAAUGUCCUGCUGUUGCUAACCAAUCAUCCAUGUAUACAUGUCAGGAUUCCUAUUUAUAAUUAUACAUACACAGUCAAAUAGGCCAAUCUGGGAUUAACCCAGAAAGUGACCCUAGGUGGCUGUUUAUGGGCCAGGGGUUAGACAGGAGCCCCGGAACCAUGAAUUAGCUUGGCACUUUAUAAAAAAAGUAAUGGGGAAGGGUUCAGUAUGGUCACCUGCAUAGAACCUGUGGUAUAUUAAUCCUUCUCUGGUUAUGAUGGCUGAAGUGCAUGGAUGCCAUCCCUCGAUUCCCCAUUAAACUGUUUUCUUAUGGUAUAAUGGUGGACUAGGGUCCUCAGCUACUGUGUUGGUUUAACAAUGAAUGGUGGGAUGGUGCAAAGGCACACCAGCCAUUAUUACUACAUUAAAGAUAUUAGUGUUUCUUUCUUGUCUGACAUGGCCAUCUUAAUUAGAGAGAACAUAACCGCCCCCCCCCCCCUAAAUACUGUAUACUAUGACCUGUUCAGAUAAAUAUGUUUGUUUUGACACGUUUAUUUGGUCAAUAAAACAUUGCACAGAGACCUGAGAGAGCACCAUUCAUCAUCAGGUAGACAAACAGACAGAAAGAGACUGAUAAACAGAUUUAAAUAAAGUUGAAUAAAAUGAACGAAUGCAUGCAGUGCAGCUAAUGUAUACAGACAAUCAAUGCACUAAUUAUAGAUUUACCGUAAUGUGCUUGGUCAUUGAGUAGUUCAUUAGCAUGGUGACUAUUAAUAGCAUUAUUGAUUUACUGAGAUAAACUCUCUCUAAUUGACUGAAAAUGUCAAGCUCUUAUCAAUGGAAAGUGGUUCUACUUAAUAUUUAUGGCAGGAUGAAUGUGCGGUAGUAUUCAUUGAGACAGUGUCUUAUCCUGUGUGAGCUUAAUCUAACUAUAAUAAUAAUAGGAUGACAAGAACAUAAGUGUAGCUGGAAGCUAAAUGUAGUUCUGUUAUAACUCAGCCGCAGGCAGCUCCAACAUGGAGCAGGGCAUUAAAUGAAAACUACUUCCUGCAUGUAAUGUUCAUAUUAUAUUAAAUGUUACAUUAAAGAGGUAGUAAUUACUUUUAUUGUUAACACACCACAUUAAAUAAAUAAUGCAGAAUAAUGCCUACAAAAAUAAAAUAAUAGCAAUACUUAAAUUACUCUGGUUUCCAAGUAUGUCCAAAAUCCAGGGGAUGUUUCUACAACCCAAUUUGAUCUAUUUUGGAAUGAUGAAUGGCAUAGUCAAUCCUGCUAGGAAUUGAACUGGCAAAUAAGGAUUGAACAGAUUCUACUAAUUAUGCAUUAGCCCACUGAGCUAUCUCACCAGCCUCACAAAAGCUAAAAAUACUUAUUAUAAAUGUUUCUAGACAAAUCACUAUAAUUCGGUCUGUGUGCAGUUGCACUAGCAUGUUAUUCAGGUCUGUGCGAUCCGUUUUUCUCCCACAAACUCUGUCUCUGAAAACAUAUUUUAUCCACCUGGAGCAGUUCCACCCAUCAAAUAAGAUGAGUGGAAGUGUUCUAAAGUGUGAUGGCAACUAUGCCACCUCUAUCAGUUUAUACAUAGCCCAGUACAUUGUUUACUGAACAAGGCUAUGCCUCCAGUCUGUGCAUGCAUGGUGUGCGGAGAGCUCAGUUCAUGUUGUGUGCUCUCACAUUCCACAUGCACAAAAAAUUAACACAGACAAUCCAGAGUGUUUCUAACUGUCUGAUAGAUGCUCCAAGGAGCAGCCUUAGAGCUACAGUGAUUUUUACAAAUCAAUCAUUGCAGUUCUUAUCUUCUCUCAGAGCUGACAGCAGGCUAUGAGUGCUCUGUGCACCAUCAAUGCUGCAAUAACGCAAAGCUGUGCUUGUACUUUCUGUUACUCCUUAAGUGCAUAAAAUACAUUUCUUAAUAGAUUAAGUAUAUUAACCAUCUAAAAAUAGAAAAGCUUUCUUUUAAACUUAAAUUAAAAAAAAAAAAACACAGAACAUGUGUCCAACAAGGAAUUCUUUGCUUGUAGGCACAUAUGCAUAGACAUAAUGUUACAUUCUAAAGAACAGUUCAGAUGCAACAAUAUGAAAAGGAUUAAACACAAUAAUAGAGUAAUUGUAUAUUACUAAUGAAUUGGCAGCUGUUUUUGGAAGUGUAGAUUUCCAAACAUUCACCAGUGUGAAAAAUGGUUAGUAUAUCAAAGGACAAUAGAGACUAAUAUUCAUGUCUGUAAGAAUCAUUUUGUAUUGACUGCCACUCUGUGGAAAACUGUAACAGAGAGUCUUGUCCCUGUAUCAUGUAUGAUAGUGGGCUGGUAUUAUAUAUUGUUCUUCUACGUAAAUGACUUGCGCACCAACUGAGAAAUGUGUUUCCUAACCUGAUGAGGUAUAGUUAUCAUGCUGGUGAUACGUUGCUUUGGUUUUGUAUUAAUUAUAGCUGUCCCUACGUUCACUGUAAGGAAUGUAAUAAUAAAAAUGACCAGACAGUAUUUAUAUGUAGUGAAAUUUACAUAAUCUGUUGUAUGAUAUAUACAUAUAUACUCUGAUGUCUAAUAUCAAAUGUUCUUUGAAUUUGUGUUUCCUUUGCAGGAUCAGCUUUUACAACAUCAGAUAAUUUGUCCCUCAGUUCCUGGGUAACUUCCACUACAGGAUUUUCUGGGUUCCAGCACCCUCAAACAUUGACAGCAUUGGGCACCAGCACUGCUUCACUGGCCACCCCUCUUCCUCACCCCAUCCAAGGCUCCCUCCCUCCUUACAGUCGGUUGGGCAUGCCAUUGACGCCUUCAGCUCUAGCAAGCUCAAUGCAAGGCAGUGGCCCUACAUUCCCCUCUUUCCACAUGCCCAGGUACCAUCACUACUUUCAGCAGGGCCCAUAUGCUGCUAUUCAAGGACUGCGACACUCCUCUGCAGUAAUGACACCAUUUGUAUGACUGGAGUGAUGUACAGGGAGUAAAUAAAUAAAUUCCUGUGACGUCUAAAGACUGGGAAAAUGGAGAAAGACUUACCAUGUAUAUUGCGCACUAUUAACAAAGAGUGGACCUAGAAGGGCACUGGACUGCUUAAGUUAAACGAAUCCCCGUGAUAUACGGAGGCAGUAUUGCAUGUAUCAAAUCAUGGAGCCAAAUCUACACUUACUCAAACCUUCACGAUAAAAAAAUAAUGUUAAAACUCUCGAUUACAAAUAAGUUGUAAAAAGAAAAUGGAUCUUAACAAACUCUUUUAGUGAGACCUUCUCUUUUAGCACACAUAAGAAUAUAUUUACACAAUUCAAAAUGGAAUCAGAUGUGGUGGAAGAGUGAACUCAGAACUAGCAAGAAUUAGCAAAGCUAAUGAAUUCUAGGAUGACGCUUCAUUUCAUCCACUGAGUUCAAAAGGACUAACGGAAGAAACAACUAUUUUUCAAUGCCAGCAUCUUACACAAUUGUUUCAAUGUUUGUAGAACAGAUUCUAUUUUCAACUCAUUAUCUCUGUUUUAUUCUGUAGAUCAAUAUGCGGUUAUAAAGAAUGAAAAAUGAUAACACAAAAAAAUCAUAAAACAAACGCUGAUACAAUGCAACUAUCAGAAAACAAUUCAUGAACUGAUUGUUUCGGUAUUCACAAAAAUGUUCCAAGCUCAUCUCUAUGGAAGCAUGCACUGCUGCUUAAAAUAAACUGGAGUGCCUAAUUAAACUAAAAUAGGCUACACAUGCAGUACUGUACAGAUAAAGUAAUAUAAUUUCUUUUUUCACUGACUGCAAUAAUCUUUAGAGGCAAACAUAGCUGCUAUUCUACCCCAUCUUUCAAACCAGAUUCUUAUUAUAUAUUGAGAUCUAAAGCAUGUUGUGGAUGUUUACUGAACAUCAUGGAGACAUGUAGUGGUUCCUGGUCUGAUUGCACAUGGCAAAUAUUAUCCUUCCUUCAUGUUUUUUUGUUUUAAAUUAGUGAGUUUUGCAAAAAAAAAAGAAAAGAAAAAAUAUACAGGUGUAAGGGAAAUCAUACAUCAUAAUCAUAGGGGUAAUAUGAUUUCAAAAAAUUUAAAAAAUAUAUCAAUCUUGGGAAAAGUUAUUUUAGAUUAAUGUUUCUUAGACUUUGUUCAGGGAUCAAUUCUCCAAUCAUAUAAUAUACAUUAAAAAAUUCUGGUUAAAAAAAAAAAUACGCUUUUACUGGUGUCAAAGAGCUAUAGAAAAACCCUGAGCACCAUAUCCACUACACUACAGCUCGCUGUAAUAUUCAUGGUGCCACAAGUGCCCUGGGUCCUUCCCAGACUGAUUUGUCAAACCGUUAUAAAGUGCUUUAAAAACUUAUCUCCAGGUUCCUUGCACAAUAAUCCUUUUAGCUGCUCUGAGUUAGCCAGGGCUGUGCUUAUUGGUUGAAAUCGGACCUGCUUAGCUCAUCUAAGACAUCUAGCUUCUCCUGCAGGAAAAACCCAGAUUGCCCAGGGGACCGGGGUACGUUGUUAGAUUACUCUGUUGACAGAUUACUCUGGAAAGGCACUGGGCACCCCUGGCACCAUAAUCACUACAGCAGGAUUUAGUGGAGUUGGUGCUUGAAGUGUUCUUUUAAAAUCAUUAGGACCCAUUUUUGUGUCGCCAACCAAGAAUUAUAAAUCACUGUACAAGAGCCUAGGAACACAGAAGCACUAAUGUUUAGCAAUAACAUGAGAUUGGUGGACUUAAAAAAAAUGGGAAUUUUAAAAAAAAAUUUAUUAAAAUAAACCAGGAUCCUUUGGAACAAUAUUUAUUUUGCUGUAAUACUUUCUUCACGUGUACUAAAAUAAUGCAUAAAGAAAACAAUAUAGUUGGGUAAUGUCAGUAUGACUGUAAAAUGUUUAACUUAUUAAUUUCUGCAAAAAUUCUACCUGUGGCAAGGAGUGAAUAGUUUAGGCAAGGAAACUUUAAACUUGUGCAAAAUUUUGAGGAGAUCGUCCAAACCAUAUUUGAAUAAAACACCACAGGUAAAUCCAGAAAUGAAUUUGGUUUGGAUGAGCAACUCCAAAUAACUUUUUGCACAAGUCUACAAAUAUUUUCAACCAUCUAUUUUUCUUCAGUUGUGCAGGAGACAGGUGCAUCACUUGCUUGGUUUCCAAGCAACUACAGAGAAUUGCGAACAUGCUUAAGGCUGAUUGAAUAGGAUAUGCUUGGUCGUCCGGUAAGAGUUAUUCAUUAUCAGACAGCACCCUGGGAUUUUAAGUAUUUUUCAGGUAUCAAUGUUGAUGGUAAAGACCAAAGCCACCAAAACAAUUACCUUACCUUUGCAAAAAUGAUACAUUUGAAAGUGAUGCUCCAAGAAGCAGUUAUCUAUAUUCUUAUUGUAUAUUUUCUGUUUCAGAUUUUAUUUUAAUAUUUAUUUAUCAAGAAACUAUUUCUGUUGAGUCAACAUUGGCAACACUUGUUUAAAAGAUGCAUUAAAAAGUUAUCACUAAACUUAGCAAACUGUCUAUAAACUGUGUUUGUGAUACGUCUCCUUAAAGUAUACUAUUACCAAAAAAAAUCGAACUUUUACUUUAAAGAGAACAUUUUUAAAUAUUAUAUACAGAUGCUAAAAUAGUAAGCAGUAGGUUGCAAAGGAUGGUAAUUGGUAAAAUUAAAUACUUUUCUAUGCUUCAAUAUACAUGUAGAAUUCUACUGGUGUCUUUAUUCAGAUAAAAUGACUGUUGACUUUAUUUAUGAAGCUUUGCAAUUUUGUAGUAGAUUUUGACCUAAAUCACUCAAGCUAAUUUGGUUAAUUGAACUCUAAAGCUACCGAUGUCCCCUCCAAAUGAACUUGAUUUUGCCUUGAACUGGGGCCUCCCAGAAUAUAAGCAAAAUGCCUUUUAUGGUUUUCCUUGAUGUACAUGUGAAUGACAACAGAAAACAUGCACUGAAAGAACUAUAAUUUAAUUGAUACAUUCCAUUCCAUUAUAUAAUUUUAGCCAGUCAGUAGACAUACAUGGGAAAUACCAUAGCUAUAUUGGUAAAAAAUUAUCUUGCCUAUUUUCUGUGUGCGGUAGACACACUCUAGCUGGCAUGUAGUUAGACAGGGUUUGAGAUCCUUCUAUAGGCUGUAUUUACAUGUGAUAGGCAUAAUUUUUUUUUAAAUUCUAAAGUAAACAACUAUCUUUCUCCAACUGUGCAAAUUUAAAGGCAUUUUGGGAUCAUUUUAGUAAUUAUAUCUGGAUUGCUACAUUUUGUAUUCUGGUUUAUUUUCAAUGCUAUUUAGUUGUUUGUUUGCUUUUUAGCUAACACCAGAUUUCUUCAAAUUGAAAGAGCUCAUUUGCAGAAAAUCUCACAAAUUGCAUCAAAAUUGUGUUAUCUGAAUACUCAAAUUGGGAAAAAAGUUUUGGGGAAUAAAAAUGUUUUUAUUUAUUUUAAACAUCAGCAACAAUUUUCGCAACAUGGCCUUUCGAUAUACCUGCAAAAAUACUGGCUAAAGAACUAUACUCUUAUUUUCGAACUUAAAGAAUAUUUCAGUGCAUAAAAACAUAGCUUGAUUAUUUGGUUUUCUAAAAGUUCUACCUGCGAACCCUCUGGGUUUGAGGGCAUCUCACAUUACUGCCUUUUAUCUAAAUAGGGAAAAUAGAAAUCAACCACAACCACAUUCAACCUUUAUUACAUCUACUCAUCAUUGCAGUCAGAAUUCUAGUGUUCAUUGAUUCAUUCACAUCUAGAUCCCUUCGAGUUUACUAUGAUGGUGUUUAUGUUAUUAUCUAUAGACUGAGUUAGCAAGAAUACUUCUUGCCACUGAGGCACUAUUAUUCUUGAAAUGACAAAAAUAUACAUACACAAAAAAUAAGUAAAUACAUGGAAAAAUUAUUAUAAAGCAAUAUGACAAUUUUCACAAAAUGUUUUGUACAUUGGCAUGGAUACAAUGUUUGCAAACUGCAGUCAUGGCAGAUCAAGGUUAAGGAUUUUAAGUCAUCAUUCAUUAGACACAAUUUACUUUAAAAGUAAAAAAAUAAACAAAAAUAUAUAUGUAUAUGAAUGAACUCUUUAAUAAAUCAGGACCAUUUAGGUCUACCACGUCAAAGGGAAAGACUGGUUAUUUAACAUUCUGUAAAUUUUGUUCAGAAUAAUUACAUUUGUAAAGUUCAAAGACUAUUUUGUAUUUAUUUGCCCUCUAUAAGUCAUUAUUUUGACUGCAGUGGGGUAUUCAAUAAGAAUUAACAUAUCAUGCUUAUCACUACUUAAAAGAGAAGAGUUAUUUCUGAUUCUUUCCUUUUUUGAGAAUGGGAGCAAUAUGCCAACUUAUCAUGAAAUCCUAAAACUCGGAAGCAAAGUUAACUGAACCCAUAUACUGGAUUUAAUCUAUAUCUACAACAUUUCACGCUUUGCUGGCUCUAUGUGUCAUUCAGUUCUUGUUGUGUUUGCCAUAACUUCUGUGAAACUGAGUGUACUCUCUGAAAAAGGAAUUUAAUGUCAAAAACUUAAACUGUAUUUGUCAAAAUUCUAUUAAGUGACAGCUCAUGGCAAUUUCUUUUUAAGUGCAAUAUAUUUAUUUCUGCUAGAUAUGUUAUUUCAACAAUAUAUAAUAUUUAAAGCAUUUGAAGUUGAAUGUUAUUCAGAAGUUGCUUAAAAUUAUAUAAAGAUAUAUAAAUGGAUAUAUAUAUAUAUA